CUUGGCCCUAAUAUUGUCUAUAAAUAAUAAGAUAAUAGAGAAUUAGGGCUCAAUGCUCUUAAUUAUAGUGAUUGGCAACUCUUUUUCGCACAGGGCCUGUGCAUCGGGACCGAACAGGGUCUGAUGUGGUUGCCCAGUGUGAUUGUGCUUUCCACGGUGGAAAGGUCCGAAGAGUAAGCAUUUGACCCCAAAGAUAGGUUGGAUCCUUUCUUCCGAAUGUGGGCAUGCUGUGUUGACAUUGUAUCUUAGGGUUUCCGUGGGCUGUCCGCUGCAUGAGAUUUGUUGUCCUCUACAUGGUCAUUAUGAUCAACCUGCUUUUGUGCACUCGGCUUCCACCUCCCUCUUACAGAGCCGUUAAUAGCCAAGACAUUGAUUGGGAACGCCGUAGGAAAUUAUUUGCCGGCGCAGACCUGGGCAGACACGUCAUUGUUGGUCGGGACAGCUGCCUUGAUCGCUGCCAGGGUUUUGGCCCGGGGAUGACAGUUCUGUGUGAAGAUGUGACUUGUUGGAAUGGAUGGUCGGAUGACCAAAAAGUAUAUGACUACUUUUGGUGGUAUUUGACGGAAUGCCUUGCUUUGAACCUCAGGAUGUCGAAUUUAAUAAAUUGGCCCGGACUUGCUUAUGGCCCCAUUUCAGACGUGCUUCUGAGGAAAUAUUGAAAUAAACUACAUGCCUACCCAGAGGCAGCAUGAUCUAUACAUACUCCAGCGAGCAUCGCGG